UAUUUAUUUAUUUGACAAGAGAUAGAGACAGCCAGCGAGAGAGGGAACACAAGCAGGGGGAGUGGGAGAGGAAGAAGCAGGGGCUGGUACCUAGCAGAUACUCAUUAAAUGAUUAUUAAAUUAACAAUAAUAUAAUGUGUUAAGGUCCACAUCAGCAGUUUUAAUAAGACUUGCUCUACGAACGUCCAGCUUCAGUCCUGACUCCAGAAACAUCUGCGUGGUCAGUACAUUUGAAGAUGCAGUGAUAAAUAAAAAUGUGACUUGUCUGUUUUGGGAAGUUGUGGGAUUCUUUGUAGAAGUUGGGUGCCCCGUGAAGCUAAUUAUUAAGGGAGUUAAAGGCACAGCAUUUCUGUCACUAUUAAUAGCUUUCCUUCCUGUUCUCUUUCUGAACAACUGUAUUUUCCCAAAUUUUGAUAUGAUGGGAAAACAAGCUGAAGCGUAGAAAAAAGAGACACAAGGAAGCAGUAAGGAACAUGAAAGCUGUUUCAGUCCAGCUGACGUGGACGCUCCCUCAAUUUUGGCAGCUGAGGAAGAGAACAAUGAGACUCUCCGAAGCCUGGGCUCUGCCCCUGUGUCCCAGGUUCUUGCCCCUUUCCCAAUAACUUUGCAACUGAAAAUGAAGAAGCAGCAGGGGAAGGAAGCACAUAACAAAAUAUGGACAGGAAGUGACAGUAUCGAGGGCUGGAACUCCUAGGCCAGACGUCAGAAGAUAAGGAUCUGAAUGUUCUGGGGCUGGGGAGACAGGACCACUGGUCUGUUUGUAGCUCAGCCCCUCUGCCUCCAGGUGCUUCUGACAGUUGCUGGUGGGGGUGGGCAGGCCAGAGCCCUAUGGGCCUCCUGCUGUCCCCAAGCAGAAUGGCUGUGGGCAUUGGGUUGACACCGGACAGUGGUUCCCAUGUCGCAUAAGCCACGCUGUGGAUGGUGCAGCCUGUGGCCUCCAGCAGUGGUAAGACCCUGGGGCGAUGGAGAUGAGGAAGAGGCUGUGUUUCCUUUGGGAAAGUGAUCUCCCGACUCCUUAGCCACUGAGAUCUUUGUCAGUUUCCUACUUCCUCUACUGGCUUUUCCCUCAAAUCCCAAGGGCUAACAAACUAGACUGGAGUUUGUGGACUUGAUUUGAUGAUGUCUGGUUUCAGGACCUCUCUGUGCCUCUGUCUUCUUACCUAUAAAGUGGGGAUAAUGGUACCUGCCUAACAGCUUUCUUGUGAACUUAAAUAAUUUAGGUGAAGCCAAUACCUGUGUCUUCGAGAAGAAUAUGUUUCUUUCUUUCUUUUUUUUUUUUUAAUUUAUUCGACAGAGAUAGAGACAGCCAGCGAAAGAGGGAACACAAGCAGGGGGAGUGGGAGAGGAAGAAGCAGGCUCCCAGCGGGGGAGCCUGAUGUGGGGCUCGAUCCCAUAACGCUGGGAUCAUGCCCUGAACCAAAGGCAGACGCUUAACCGCUGUGCCACCCACGCGCCCCAGAAGAAUAUGUUUCUGAUACAUAAGUUGAAUUUGGAGGGAAUAUAUAGCUGGUUGACAGACCCGAUGAGAACCUAGUCCUGGUCCGAAGACUAUUCUAAAGAUAUUUAACAUUUACGGAGCAGUUAGUGUGCUCCAGGCACUGUGCCAAGUGCUCUAUGUCUGUUCACUCCUUUCUUUCCUAUGAGGUAAGAAUGGUUACUGUUACUCUGUUUUAUAGAUGAAGAAGCUGGGGAUGAGAGUGAUUUAGCAACAUGCCCAAGAGCACAUGGUUAGUACAUGGUGGAGGUGGGAUCUGAAUUUGCGUAACUCCAGAAUCUAUGCCCUUCACCAGCACCCUUCUACGGAAUUAGAUUGGAGCUUCCCACAGGAAGUCAGGAGGUUGGGUCUGGAGUCCAGAAGAGAGACUAGGUUAGAGGAAGAGGUACGAGGUCAACCACAUGGAGGUAGUGGUUGAGAGAGUUAUGGGGAGUCCUCACCCCAGAUAUUUAAGUGGGGUGUUUAAUGACCCAAAAGUAUGCAGCCAGAGAGAAGGGACAGCUGGUUAGGUCAAGCAAGCAGCCUCGGACAGGAAGAAGAAUGAGAGACAGGGACAAAGGCUCUCCUCUGUUGGCGGUUUCAUAUUUUGGGGACUGACUUGAAGCUUUGGGGUAUGAUCCAAACAUUAUAUUGCCAUUAAAUGAAGGAAAAAUCAGUAGAUUUCUCUUGUUGUUCUUAGUCCAUUCUCUGAAGUAUCUCUUGCCACUCUUCCCCUUUUCCUAAGUAGGGCUUCAAAUUAGGAAGUGGCUAGGAGAUGAAAAAGGAAGUAGGUGAGAGACAGAAACGCAAAGGAAACUUGAGCAAGUAGAAAGUGGCCACCGCAGACUCUGUCGCAAACACCUGGAUUCCAGCAGGGACCUGGAUUUGCUGGGGGCACCAGCCAGAGAGACAGAACCAUGUGGCUGUCCCCAGUUCUGCUCCUUCUCUGCCUCUCAGGCUCUUUGUCCCUGAUGGGCCCCAGCUCUGUGACGGGCACCUUGGGUGGCUCUCUGCGCGUGCGGUGUCAGUACGAGGAGCUGUAUCAGAGGCAUAAAAAGUACUGGUGCCGAGGACCGUAUGAUGCAACAUGUGAGAAGAUUGUGGAGACCAAUGGAGAAGAGAAAGAAGAGAGGAGUGGGCGCGUGUCCAUCAGAGACCACGCUGACAAACUCACCUUUAUAGUGACCAUGGAGAACCUCACUGCGGACGAUGCUGGACCCUACUGGUGUCGAAUUCAGACAACAUGGUUCCUGGAUGUGUGGUCGCGUGACCCUUCACUCCCGGUUAACGUGUCUGUUUCUGCAGCACCAAGUGAAACCGCAGGGAGGACCACGUGUGGAGCUGCCCCUGCCGCCUUUCCGGGACUGCAGAGCAAGAACCUCAGCUCUGAGGAGGUGCUGACCUACUGCUCAGGGUCCUUGCUCAGCAGUGUCCACUUCUUGCUCCUGGUCUUCCUGAAGCUUCCCUUGUUCUUGACAUUGGUGGGUGCUGUCCUCUGGGUGAACAGGCCUCUGAGGGGCUCUGGAGGAAGUAAGCCUGAUGAGGUUAAUCCACAAUGUGGUGCACCGUCCCCAGGAAUGACCUGUCCAGGAAUGUAGCCCUUCACACUGGACAAGAGAGACCUUCGGACUCCAGACACCAGGGCAGGGCGGACAGCAGUGCCUGGCUUCUGGAGGGACCCAGAUCUUCUCAGGGGUAUUGUUCCCAUGUCUCGAGGGAGAAUCCUGGGUCUUAGAGGACACUUGCUCUGAGUCCUCAGGUGCAGGAAGGAUGAGUGUCCUGGGCUCACAUUUGGGGUCCUCCUUUCCCUGCCCCAGAUCCCCUAGCUCCUUGCCCUCAUGCCUACCUCCCAGGGCAAGAAUUCUCUGGAAGUUGCAGGUAAGCCUGGCCCUUUAUGUUUCUCCUUGCCACAAAAGCAUCUCACUUAAGUGUUCCCCAGGGCAUUAACCAUCUCCUUCCUACAGCCAGGGAGCUCCCUGAGGACUCGCCCCUCACAGCCUCCAUCCUUGGGCUCACAGGGCUUGGACGUCACUUGUGUCCUGAGAGCAGGGAGUGUAUGGCCGGACUCAGCGCAUCUCUGCCUGGGCCAACCAUGACUGAGAAACUUUAGGUUGAAGCUCUGGGGCUGAUUGGAGCAGUAGUGGGAAGAGGCAGUAGGUGCCCCUAACAUCCCUCCUGGAGUUCCCCAAGCGGGAGGGCCUCCUGUGCACAGAGCUGAUGGUUGGUCCAGUUCAGUAGAAGUCUGGCUGAAGCCACAUGCCAACACUUGGUGCUUUCCACAGGAAAAGCAGACUCAGCUUUCCAAAUACAGGCCACGGGACACAGAGGUGAAGAAAUACUUCCCACAUGGGGAUGGCAUGAUGCCACAGCCACCAUGGGGCACACCAGCCCCGGAAAGGACUCGGUUGGUUUCCAAUGCUUGUCCAUGGCUCCCUUCCGGAAGUGUGUAGGAAGCACAAGGCAGGGCAGGAGAGGAGCUCAUGAUGUACUUUAUGCCUUCUCAAACUUAUUUUGAAGUAUUCGUUUCUUUACCUUUCCAUAUAAAUUUUAGAGUCAGCUUGUCUUUAUCUACCAAAACAAUCCUGCUGGGAUCUUGAUAGGAAUUGUCCUAAACUUACAGAUCGGUAUUGGGAAAAUUGACAUCUUUCCUAUGUUGAUCCUUCCGGUCCGUAAACGUGGUACCUCUCACAAUUUAUUUAAAUAUUCCUUGGCUUCGGUCCCCAGACUUUUGUAAAACUUAGUAUCUAGGUGGGGCAUGUGUUCUGCUAGAUUUCUAGCCGGGUGCUUCUUUGUCUUGUCGAGCGGCUGUGACUAGUGACGUGUGCUGUGUGUUUAAAUUCAGUUUCUACGUGCUCGUUGCUAGAAUAGAAGUAGGACUGUGUGUGUGUCUGUGUGUGUCUGUGUGUUUAUGUGUGUAUAUGUGUUUGUGUGUGUGUAUUGAUCUUUUAUCCUGUGACUUGUUAAACUCAUUUUUUAGUUCUAGCAGUUGGUAUGAUUUUCUACGCAAUGAUGUCAUCUGCACAAAGGGACAAUUUUAUUUCCUCCUUCUCAUCUGUGUGCUUUAAUGGUGUUCUGGAAGCCCUGGGGAGCCACUGGAAGGUCUUAAACACCCUGGUGGCCAUGCAGGACCUGCUGUUUUCUGGCAUUUUUGCAUUUAAAAGAGAAACCCGAAGCGAAAUUGUUUAUAUUUACAUGUAGGCAACAAACCCCAUUUAAAAAAUAUUGUGACCCAAACAAAAUAAUAUUCCUAAGUUCAUGCAAUUCAUGGACGCAGUCUGUGAUCUGUGAGUCAGACAGAGAAAUUGCAGAACAUCGUCGUGUCUGCCUAGUAUUUGCACCUGGGGCCAUCUGGUGCCCAGCAGGCUUGGGAACUGACCUUUCAAGGACACAGAUGGACUUGCAGGGACAUGGUGUGGGCCAGCCCCAGGCUGGCUCUGGGGCAGAUCCAAGUCUAUUCCUGGGCCUUGUAACUGGGGCCGGGGGCCUCAGCCCUUCCGGGCUCCUCAUUCUUUAACGUGAUGUGAAGAACACUAGAUUAAUAUUCUUCCAUGUGGCAGUUCUAACAUGGGACUGCAAAUUUCUUGACACUCCUUUUACUCAGAGUUGGGGCUCCGUCCCCACCCUUUGAGUCUGGGUGGGCUGUGGCUGCAGCCAGUAGCCCGGAGCAGAGCUCCCCAAACUUUUUUCCGUAAUUAUCUUCCUAAGGAGUCUGUUUAGACAUUUUCUUUUCCUAGAAGCACACCUACCCCCCCCGUGCUAUGAAAUCUUAAUACCAAGGAUAUACUGUAUAUGUCCAUGUUUUAUUGAUCUGUCGAUCAAUCGACCCAUCUACCAAUCGAUCAUCUAUGUUUUGUAUAUGAAAAGAGUAGCAUUUUUUCACCCUCCAAGAACCAAUGCUCAUCCCCUUCGGAAGAUCCAGAUAGAGCCUGGUGACAGUGACCCUGUGUGACUUCCGAGGCCAGGCUGGGAGGAACCCCGCAGCUCCGUCCUCAGGCUCUAGAAACACUGGCUCUGGGGGUCUCUCACUCAGAACCCAGCGGCCACAUGGAGAGGCUACCCGUAGGGUCUCUGGUCAACAGUCAGGACUGAGCUCCGUGUUGGGUCACCUUGGCUCAUGUUCCAGACAUGUGGGCAAAGAAGCUUCCAGACGACAGCUACACCUGGCCAUGUGAGUCACCCCACCACCAUUACGUCUUCCAACCGCGGCCCCCGACAUGAUGGAGCAGAGACAGGCCAUCCCCGUGUCAGCCCGUCGGCAUUCCUGACCGCGGAAUCUGGGACAGGCCACAAGGAACAUCUAAGCACGGAACUGGACCGUUGGGCCUCUAUCGUUCUAGAGUCAGGCAAGACGGAAAAGAGAAGUGUGCUGCUUCUGCCGUGGGCACGGCGGGCUGUUGGGGGGUUGCUGGCUGCGGCCAAGGGCCCCCUGUGACUCAGCCCUGCGGUGGGCUCAGCGGGCCGAGAGCGCCCACGCGGUAACACGCAGGCUGCUGGGCCUUGAGGUCUCGCCCUUUCCUGAAGCGCGACCCAGAACCGUGUGGGCUGUAGGUGUCAGCAUGGGGUGGAGGUGUUCCCCCCCAGGAGCUACCCGCUGAGGCAGAACGCCCCCCACCCCCACACACCGGCUUUGGCGGUGCCCCGACCACAUUCAAAGGACAGCUCGAGCCAAAAAGAAACCAGCGCCUUUUCUAAGGCGCUCAGGAGAGGAACAGAGCGCCAGCAAAAGGUGGCUGGUGAAUUUGCUUCAGAGAGGAAAUGCUCCAGGACACAGAGCAGGUCACACAGGUCUACUCAGUCUCUGAGACAUUACAGACGACGACCUCGCUAAAAAGGAGCUCAGAAAAGAGAUACAGUUCCCCAAAAAUGGUUCAAAAAAUAUGGAAACAAAAAAGAGCAGAGCCCAGGAAGAAUGUAAGUGGAAGAGAAAACAAACAAACAAACCCCAAAGAGCAAAACCUUUACUGAGGAAAAAUAUGUGUACCUUUAAAAACUAAAAAAGAAAAA